UUUAUGCCCAGCACUCACAUGUGUAGGCCCCGGCAGUCUGAGUGUGAUGUGCCUGAAUUCUGUGAAGGGCAUUCUGGAGAUUGCCCAUUUAACACUUACAUUGAAGAUGGGCAUCCAUGCGCUGAAGACAAAGGUUACUGUAUGGGAGGCAUCUGUCCUACAAUACAUAAGCAGUGUCAGGGCAUAUGGGGACCAGGUGCCAAGGGUGGUCAUGACCAGUGUUUUCAGCGCUUUAACCCUACAGGAAAUUUCAACGGCCACUGUGGCAAGGACAAGCAUACAGGCAGCUAUGCGAAAUGCCAGUAUGAUGACAUAAUGUGUGGCUUGCUCCACUGUGAAGGAGGACGGAGUGCUCCCUUGUAUGGUUCUGAUAAGGGCUUUUCUACAACGAAUGUCAAUGCAAAUGACAUGGAGUAUGAAUGCAAGACUGUCCAUGGACCAGCUAUGAUGGAUAUGCCACACAUGGGCAUGGUGCAGGAUGGGACCAGAUGUGGACUGAACAAAGUGUGUUUGCACAGUUCCUGUGUGCAGCUGCGUAGCAUCCCUGCUUUGUUAUGCCCGUCAUCAAACCUUGCUGUGAUAUGUUCUGGCCACGGAGUGUGCGCUCCAAAUGACUUGUGCUAUUGUGAUAGUGGCUGGGAGGGUGCUGACUGUUCUACCAGGUCAAAUGACACAUUUUUAGGGGAUGGACUUCAACCAGAGGACAACGAAACUGAUUCUUUUCUGCCAUCUACCACUCCUGAAGCCAAGGCUAUUGCUUUGAGCGAGUACGAGGGGGGCCUGGUCAGAGGCAGUCUGUAUGGAAGUGGAAGUGCCAACACGCCUGCAACUGCUCCAAUCACUGAUGAUAGCAAUGGAAUCAGCACAACACUGCUCAUAGUAAUUCUAGCAACUGUCAUCGGAGGGCUGUUUUUUGCAAUGGGUGUCACACUUCUUUGUUACAGGAGAAGAAGCCCAGUUAAAAGUAUUUCAAAACAAGAAAGCCAUGACACUACCAGCAAAAAUGGGAAGCGAAACAG